CAGCUCUCUUCUUAUCCAGGUGAGGAGGAUGAAGACAUAACCGUGCUGAUCCUCAGCUACCCCCAGUACUGCCGGUAUCGCUCCAUGCUGAAACGGAUUCAGGGCAAGCCAUCCUCUGUGCAAGCAGACCAGUUCGUCUUAGCCCUCGGGGGGAUCGCAGCCAUCAGUCAGAGGUCCCAAAUCCUCUACUGUCGAGACACGUUUGAUCACCCUACUCUCAUUGAAAAUGAGAGCGUAUGUGAUGAAUUUGCUCCCAAUCUUAAAGGCCGACCACGGAAGAAAAGGCCGUGCAACCCACAGAGAAGAGAUUCGCUCAGUGGCAUUAAAGAUUCCCAGAAUAAUUGUGAAGGCAAGGCUGUUGCCAAGGUAAAAUGUGAGGCUAGAUCACCUUUGUCCAAAACCAAAAAUAAUAACAGCAACUGUAAAAAGGGCUCAAAUGAGGACAAAUCCAGGAUUUCUGUUGGUGAGGAAUGCAGAGCAGAUGAACAGGCCUUCCUUGUGGCACUUUAUAAAUACAUGAAAGAAAGAAAAACGCCCAUUGAACGAAUACCCUACCUCGGUUUUAAGCAGAUUAACCUUUGGACUAUGUUUCAAGCUGCUCAAAAACUGGGAGGAUAUGAAACAAUAACAGCCCGUCGACAAUGGAAACAUAUUUAUGAUGAAUUAGGUGGAAACCCUGGGAGCACCAGUGCAGCUACAUGUACACGCAGACAUUAUGAAAGAUUAAUCCUGCCCUAUGAAAGAUACAUUAAAGGGGAGGAAGAUAAGCCGCUGCCUCCUGUAAAGCCUCGAAAACAAGAUGUCACUCAGGAGGUGGAAAGCAAGAUAAAGCUGACUGGAACAAAACGCAUCAGAAAUGAAAACGUAAAGAGCAGGAAAGAGCGAGAGGAGGCACAAAAGCCCCGGGAUCCAGCAGAGGUUUCAUCGGCCAAAGAGAAGAGUCAGGAAUGUCCGUCGCAGAAGAGCUUAUCGGACCUGACUAUAGCAGAAGCGAUGGAGCUGUCGGUCGAAGGGGCUCAGCUUUCCCCUCCCGCUGCCCCUGGGAUGGCCUUCUUGGACAAUGAGGAGCCGCUGUCCGAGGCACCUCUGUCCAGUGCGCUGGUGCCCCCUGAAGCGAACACCCUCCUGAGCGCCAUGAUCAGAAGCCCCUUGGAAGACCUAGAGGAGCCCAAGCAGGAACAAAGCGGAGGGUCUUGCUUUGCAGACAGCCUAGAGGAUGAAGCCCAAGCAAUUCCCUUUAAUAGCUUCCCUGCCCUCCAGCUACCCCUCCCAAGUCAGAAUGAGAUGGAAGAUGAUAAACUUCCAGAAAUGGCGGACUACAUUGCCAACUGCACGGUGAAAGUGGACCAGUUGGGCAGUGAGGACAUCCACAGUGCCCUGAAGCAGAGCCCCAAAGUCCUGGUGGUGCAGAACUUUGACAUGUUCAAAGAGAGGGAGCUCUCGAGCCCUUUCAACGGGGAUCCUGGGUUUGGCUCCACCCCGUUGCUCUACUCCAAAGGCAACCCGGGUAUCAUGUCACCCCUGGCAAAGAAGAAGCUCCUCUCACAGGUGAGCGGGGCAGCCCUCUCCUGCAGUUACCCUUACGGCUCCCCGCCACCACUGAUCAGCAAGAAGAAGUUCAACAGCAAGGAUGACCUCUUGUCCAGCAGGCCAGGACUGCUGUCUCCCGGGCAUUCAGUGGACAGCGCAGCACUCAGCAGGCCAUCAGUCAUCCAACACGUGCAGAGUUUUAAACCCAAGACGGUGGAGGACAGGAAGCCCGCUCAUGAGGCCCGUCGACAUGAAUCCCUGCUCAAGACAGCGGGUUCUGAAUGCUGUGAUUUCUCCAAGCAGCACUUGAGCGCCCUGGCAGAAUCCUACGCACUGAAGUCCGAAAUCCAGGAGAUGAAAGAGCGAAUGAAUGAGAAAAGGGCCCUACGCCACUCCCACGCGCCUGGCUUCUUGGCAGACUUCUACUCCUCCCCUCCCCUCCACGGCCUUUACAGGCGUGCCGAGCACCACCUCGGGAACCAGCCAUGCUCCAAGUACCUUCCUCGGGACAUGUACGUGGAAAAUGCCUCUGGGUUCCCUCAGCACAAGCCCCAGGACAAGCGACUCCUAAGCUAUCACCCCCCUUUGCAUCAGCCGGAGAACAAGGGCCCCCGGGAAGCCUCCUCAGAUGAUCAGCCCACAGAUCUGAGUCUUCCGAAAGGUGUCCACAAACAGACAGCAAAAGUCCUGGGAUCUGCCCUCUUGCGCAGCUCAUCCGGGGGGCAGGAGGAGACCAAAAGCACUUCCCGCUUCCACCCCUUGGCCGGCCAGACUCUGAGCGUCGAUUGCAAUCCUAAGGCUUGUCGUGUCUCCCCAAUGGCGGUCUCUGUCCCAAAGAAACAGGGUGAGUCCCUCCUGAGGGCCGGCAAGCCACCAACCCCGAGGAAGGUAGACGGGAUGGUACACCCGGUCCCAAGUCACAAAUCCGUGGCUUCGGGCCUCGGGGCAGCUCGCCCUCUGAAGCGUGGCCUGGAGGAUCUGGACAAAGUUAUUUCGGAGAAGAAGAUCCGAGCGGUCUCGCCCUUGUGCUCACCAAAGGAAGCUCCUCCGAAAGAGCAGGAGGCGGAGGGCAGCAAGCCAGCGCAUGGCCCACCCCCAGGCGGGGCACUGGAGGGCCACAAGUUCCCCCUCUCAGGCCCCAUCUUCACAGGCUUGUACCCAGACCUGUGCGGCGGCCUGGGUGGCAGCCGCAUGCCCACAGCCGGGUACUCCCACCCGCUGCAGUACUUGAAAAACCAGUCCGCCCUCUCACCCUUGGUGCAGCCCUUCGCACUCCACUCGUUCAUGGUGCACAGACAGUUCCUCACCUCCCCCGGGAGCUCUCAGCAGCUGUACCGGCACCUGGCGGCAGCCGCCCCUGUCGGGAACUCUUACGGAGACCUUUUGCACAACAACGUUUAUCCUUUGGCGGCUCUCAACCCACAGCCCGCUUUCCCACCCUCCCAGCUCUCUUCUGUACACCCGAGCACAAAAUUGUAAAUGCUCCUAGAAAACAGCAUCCCGCAAACGACAUUCCUGUAGCCCGCGAUCAUGUCUUGCGAAACAAGUAUAUCAAUAUUUGUGAUAGCCAAUACGCCGUUUCGUUUCUCCUUGCCAAGCACUUCGGGUCUGACUGAGACGCGACUCCGGCUUAGCCGGGCCUGAGGUCGGACCCUUGGCUUCCUCCAAGCCAACUCGCCAGUGCUCCUGCUGCCUGCGCAGAGGGCUGCGGAGGGUUGGGGGGUUCC